AAGAGAAGCAGCAUUAAGCCGUCAGAACCUCGAGAUGAAACUCUGUCACAUUCUCUUCUGCUUCAUCUUCCUCUACCUGCAGGAUGGAAACACUGGACUUGCCAACGCUGAAACUCUCGUCUAUGAAGGAGUGGAAGGAGGAAACAUCACAGUCGAAUGUAAAUUUUAUUUCCUAGGAAGUAAGAUAUUGUUCUGCAAAGACAAAUGUGAAAAAGGAAACGUUCUCAUUGAAACAACUGAUUACACAGCCCAGAGCGGCAGAUACAGCAUUAAAUUUGUAAAAACGAAUUUACUGUCAAAGGAUAUUGUGUACGUGAGCAUCACACAGCUGAACAAGUCUGAUUCAGGAUGGUACAGGUGCAUACUGGACAGAAGUUUACAACCAUGUGAUUUUCAGCUUGUCAUCACAGGAGCUUCAAACAUUUCAACACCUCAUCAGCCUUUAUCAACAUCAACGUUUCUCCUGUCGACCUCCACAACAACAACAAACUUCAUUUCAGGAAGCUUCACACCUUCAGCCUCCUCUGAAGUCUCCAGACAGCCUCAAACAGCUGCAGGUUCAGGUUUGUCCUUGGAGCUGGUGAUACGUUUAUCUGUGGUGGUGGUUCUGCUGCCUGUUGUUCUGCUGCUCAUCUACAGAAUCACGGCCGAGGGCUCUAACGGUUUGAACAGCAGGAGACACUCAGCAUUUGACCACACUGAGGUGACUUAUCUCUGUUUGUUUUUUCUCUAUGUCAUCUUUUAA